CUGGCGUUCCCGGGAGGAGCGCGCGGAGGGCGCCGGGCACCGGCCCUCGAGCAUCGCUCGGGACCCCAAGCCUCCAGGGGUCACCCCGCUGCUGCAAGAGGCGGACCCUGCGCCGGUCUUCCCUCCACCACGCCCAGACCCAUUUGGCACCCGCCAGCCUCACUGGUGUGACCUCGCCUCACCGCCCMAGAGAGAGGAGUCAGGCGGGUGGCAGCAGCGUGGAGGGAGGCCGCYGCCAGAGGACCCCUAGAGCGGAGGCUCUGGUGGUGGCCGGACUCCGCGGCUGAGCGGUGCCGGCCACUCGCGCGGCCAUUGUUGGAGGCCCAGGCUGCCYGCUGCCUGACCACCCACCACAGGGACUUGGAGAAGGAGGAGCAGCUGGAAGCGGUCCCUGGGAACUUCUGGAGUCCCUGGCACUCGAGGCCUGAGGCUUACCAGCACCCAAUGGAUGACAAAAAGAAGAAAAGGAGUCCCAAGCCCUGCCUGACCCAGGCAGCCCAGGCCCCAGGCACACUAYGCAGGGUCCCUGUGCCAACUAGCCACAGUGGCUCUUUGGCCCUGGGACUCCCUCAUCUACCAUCCCCCAAGCAGCGGGCCAAGUUCAAGAGAGUAGGCAAGGAGAAAUGCCGCCCAGUACUGGCUGGAGGUGGGGGCGGCUCUGCAGGCACGCCCUUGCAGCACUCCUUCCUGACCGAGGUGACUGAUGUCUAUGAGAUGGAGGGGGGUCUGCUGAAUCUGCUCAAUGAUUUCCACUCCGGCAGGCUGCAAGCCUUCGGGAAGGAAUGCUCCUUCGAGCAAUUGGAACAUGUUCGAGAGAUGCAGGAGAAGCUGGCCCGGCUGCACUUCAGCCUGGAUGUGUGUGGGGAAGAGGAGGAUGAGGAAGAGGAAGAGGACGGAGUCACGGAGGGGUUGCCUGAGGAGCAGAAGAAGACCAUGGCAGACCGCAACCUGGACCAGCUGCUUAGCAAUCUGGAAGAUCUUAGUAAUUCUAUACAGAAACUGCACCUGGCAGAGAAUGCUGARCCUGAGGAGCAGUCAGCUGCAUAGGUGUAGUACCCAGGCCCACACUGCCUCUUUCAUUCUCUUCAAACUGUGACUUCCCUUCGUGGUGGUGCACGCCUAUAAUUCCAGCUACAUGAGAGACUGAGGCAGGAGGAUCUCAAGUUCAAGACCAGCCUGU